CCAACAUGCGGCCUCUACGACUGCUUCUCUCGCUGUCGUCGUGCUUGACCUUCAUCAUCGUCCUGUCGUUUGUCGCCGCAUCCAAGACGAGGACUGUGUCUGCAGCACGCGACCACAACAACCGUCUUGGAGCUUACUUUAGCUGGAAUUCUCCUUCGUCACUAUUUCCACCAUCAGCCAUCAUCAGCUUAACCGACGACAACUCGACAUUCUUCCUUGCCCGACCCGCUGCCUUCGGCCCACCAUUACCUGGACGGGGCCUUAGCGGUCAGAUUUGGAUCGGCGCCGGCUUCGGCGACGACAAUCCUGGCCACGGAGGUAUUGCUGGAUCAGAAGGAGAGCUUGGCUGUAGCGAUGUUCCAGGGUGGAGCGAUGGCGAACACUCUCCUAAAAGCUUCGAAGCAAUUCCUCAAGAUGUCAAGAGCAAUAACAUGGGAAAACAAGGGGUCAAGGGAAGCAAGAAUAAAAGGAGCAUGGAAUCGGAAGAACAAACAGAGGAUGGCGCUGCAGACGUCCAGGCCGAUGGAACCGAUGACCACCUACAAACCUCGUCUGAUACCGGCUCAACACAGCUGAAGCAAUCAUCGAAGAAGGCAAAGAAGCCGAGUCACGCUGACAUCCAAUCACUACAAGAGACAGCAGAAAUUGCAGGCAAAGUCGUGCUGCUGAGUCGAGGUGGAUGUGGCUUCCUGGAGAAGGCCAAGUGGGUACAGAGAAGAGGGGGUGUCGCCCUGAUCGUUGGUGAUGAUAUGCGUGGAGGUCCGUUGGUAACCAUGUACGCCCGGGGCGAUACGUCCAACGUUACCAUACCUUCCAUCUUCACUUCCCACACCACCGCGCACCUUCUGUCAAAGCUGGUACCUUCAGGAGGUUUCCGUGAAGGCAUGUCUGCUCAGGACUCCGCGCGCCUGGGUCUAGGCCUGCCAGUCAGUGGUAACCCGACUGAAAAGAACAAGAAACAACCAGAUUCGACCAAUACUAGACCUACCCACUCUCCAAUCGUCAAUCAUCAGAAGGAAGACGACGCUGAGGUAUCAGGCAGCUGGCUAAGUUCACUAUUUUCAUCUUCGAACGAAAAUCGCCACGAUAGCCGAAGACCACCUAGCAGUGGUAAGAUUGAUUGGGUCUUGCAAAAGGAUUUCGAAGAUGAAGCUCCNGAAAAGUACAACACCAAGACUACUAGUACCACCAGAUCGACNCAAACAGACAAAGCCCCAAGCAAUGACGAGUUCGUCAUCGGUGUCCAUGAUUGGCGAGACCCUGACUUGGUUGAUUCACAGAUCAAUGCCGCUCAAGCAGUUUCGAGCAAGCUGCCAAAGUCAGUUGAACAUAAUUCUGCUGCACCUCAUGCAGGACCUAAAGGCGGCAGCAUCACCCCGGGAAGCGGAGAAUAUCACCAGGCCGGCGAGAAGCUAAUCAACCUCAAGGCUCCUAAGAAACCCGAGAAGAGUAAGACGGAUUCCAAGAAGGAUCCAGCUCCUGAUAAAUCGAAAUCUUGGAUGGGCCGUCUCGUUGGUUCUGACGAUGAGGAGGGCUUCGAAUCCGAAAAUGCAAAGUCGUCACACGCUGCAUCACAAGUCAACAGCAAGCCUGUUAUCAAGGCUCCUGGUGAGUAUGGCAACACAGGCGAGUCGCAUGAUGGCUUGUGGGUAACUUUGACCCCUGCAUCCAUGUCCUCUUCGCCGUUCUUCGACACUCUGCUGGUCUUGGUUGUGUCGCCUCUUGUUACAUUGACCAUUGUGUACGCUCUACUAUUACUUCGCUCUCGCAUUCGUCGCAGAAGAUGGAGAGCCCCCAAGUCAAUUGUUGAUCGGUUCCCUGUACGGAUCUACCAUACUGUACCCAGCAGCAACAGUUCCAAUGCUCCGGAAAGUACUGCAACAUCUCCAUGUGCGCCGACUCAGACCACACCUCUUCUUCAGGCUGGGGCACGACCAAUCUCCCAAACAAGAUCGAGGCCAAGAUCUCGUACUGUUAGUGAAGUGCCUGUGUCUAGCUCUAGCCCUGCGAACACUCCGAGCCUGGAGCAAGUGCAAGAGAAGCGUGAGGCUGGACUAGCCGAAUGGCGUAGAAGAUAUGGUGGUAGACAGCGUGAUUGUGCGAUCUGUAUUGAUGAGUUUGAGGAUGGUGUCAGCCGUGUUAUGAGCUUACCUUGCGGCCACGAGUUUCAUGUCGAUUGCAUAUUUGCUGCNACACCAUGGCUUACAACCCGCCGCCGUACUUGUCCCAACUGUAAAGCUGACGUUGUGCGUUCAUUCGGUCGUGGUGGCGGUUCUUCAUACUCGUCAUCUUCUGCUCAACCGCUUCUCGCGCACUCUCACGAUGACUCGUUGAACAUUGACAGCGUACAAGAGCAAGCAGUCAACACUCGCAACUACGACCCUGCUGCCAAUGAACCGAUUGCUGAUCUGGAGCAAGGUAGUGUCGAUCCUGACCGCACAAGA